GAGAGAGAGAGAGAGAGAGAGAGAGAGAGAGAGAGAGAGAGUUAGAUGGACAGAGCGAGGGGGGAAAAAGAUAAAGAAAGAGCUGAAGAAAUACUGACCUAUGAAGAGUUCCAUUACUUGAUCGCAAACAACACCCCCCCCCCCCCUCCCUCGUUGUCACUCCUCUCCUUUGCCAAGAGCAGAAACUCUGCCUUUUAAAACUCUUUAAGCCAGUGUCUAACUUUAAAACUCAACUUUUCCUCUUCGUUCAUUCUCUCACCAUGUUAGUCUUUUUCUUCUGCCCUCUCCUACUUUAAUGCCAAAAAUUAAAUGGAUAAGUGUAAAUAUCGUUCCAGGUAUAUAUAUUGAAAUACUGUCACGUCACUCACUGGGAGAGUUUGGUGUCACAUUGCUGUGGUGGCAUGGUUUUUAAAACUGGUUUGUUUAUUUGUUUGUUUAUUUGUUUCUCUUUGUUCUGUUUUGAACUUUGUUGUUGUUUGCCGAUUAUGGCGUAGCCAAGGCAGAAAAUCAACCAGUCUAUGCAGCUGUUUAGUGCGCACCAGGCAGUCUGUCGAUGUCUUCCUGCCUGGUCCUGAAAAUGAUGUUUUGGUUUUGCCCCCUCCACCUUUCCGCCCUGCCUUAGGUAAACACAUCACUGGCCUCUAUCUCUCCUUCUAGCUGACGCAGAAGUUCCUUUUAAUAUCAAUCUUUGAGUUCAAACUCAAGGCCACAUGUUAAUGUGUUCUAGCCAUCCAUUUAUAUUUGGUCUUUCAAAAGGACACAUGAAAUUGAACUUUUUUUGUUUGUUUGUUUUUCUGUUUUGAUGGAAAAGGGAAGUUUUAAGUGACUAUCGGGUGGUAACGGUGAGAUGGUAACUUGAUUGUGAAUGAUUUCAAACACCUCAAGAUUGCAUCAUUCUGUACUCCCACUGUUUGACAUGUUAUGCAGCAGCAGCUGCAUGCUUCAAGCCCGUCACUGCCCCCUACUGACUUGGCUGUAGAAUUGCACUAUGCAUUAAAAAAAGGGGUCUGUGGUGAAGAAGCAUUGGAGAACCACAGGUGUUUUUCAGGAUAAAGGACCACACUAGGUAAAUAGAUGUAAUGGACUGCAGUCCAAUGACCUAGAAUGACCAUAGUUUUGACCUUGCCUCUUACUCAGACACCCACGCAAGUACAACCGGCCCCCCUCUAUACUUUUGAAAGAGCACUCAGUAGCUAUGCCAGUAAAGAGACAAUGUAAGUGGGAAAACACCCAUUUUAAAUCAGAAAUGAUUAGCAUAACUAAGCCUUUUUUUGAACUAUUUUUGUAUCAGAGAAUUAUUGUUUGCCUGUACUGUAUAUGGAAAAAACGGUCGAAGUAUGUACAUGUAUGUUUUUGAGAAAUUCUUUGUUAAUGUUAUGCACUCUAUUAUGAAGAUGCUCAUGAGCCUUAAAGAGAGGGGUGUUCAGACACUAGUGUGUGUGUGUGUGUGUGAGUGUUUGUGUGCCCACCAGAAAUGACAGUAAAAUGUCCUACAAAAGCAAGUUGUACCUUGAAAAACACACUUUAAACCUAAUAUGGAACAGUCAUUCCAAAAGCAGGUUAUUGUUCUUCAUAUUAAGUCAACUUUGAAAGAAACGCAGGUAUUUGUAUAGAACAAUGGAUGUUGUUGUCAUGGAGACACGUGAUUGACACUUCAUUGUUCUGCAUUGAAUAAUGCAGUGAUGGCUCCCAUAUUGGCCUGGCACACCACUGUGCAUAUGAGUAGCAGGACCGCUCAGAUUCUCACAACAAGAAUCCCCCCCCUCCUCUCUGGGUCCUGGAGUUGCUUCACCAGUCAUGCAGCCGUAUCAAGAGUGUUUUUGGCACUGAAUUAACCCCAGUGAAUGGAGCCAUGUGUUUCUCUGUUGAGUGGGGGCACAGGUUGUUAAAGUGUGCUAUUAACCAAACACACUAUCCAACCCCCUUUUCUUUUCUUUUUUUAAAGGCCAACUGAUUCUAUCAGAUACAUGAAUGGAGAUAAAGUAUGUAGCAGCCUUUCCUCACUAUAUGCCCGUGAUGAUUGUUUGUGUUUUGCUCUCUAUUGGACAUUCACAAUCCUCAGAACAGGUUGUGGGAGGGCGUCUUUGAGAGCCGAUCACAUUUUCUCAAGAAUCCCCCGUACAUUGCAUGGUUGCUGUGGUAACUGAUAGUUGUCUCCACUGGUUUUCAGGAAUGGGGAAAUGUUCUUUCUGUAUGCUUCCCUCCCUUAUCUCUGAUUCAUCCAUUCUUAUAAAGAUUGCAUGUUCCAACCCCCUUCUCUAGUUGACCAGUUUGAGACACUUCAUUUGCAGCUGUUUUGGCCAAUAGACGUUCUCACAUCGAUUUACUACAUGAAAGCAAACCAAUGAGGAUGAAUGCACAGACCAAUAGAUUAGCUGCUGUGCAUAUCUCCGGUACUCAACUUUCCAUACCUGCUGCCUUAUACCCACCUGAAACCAUAACCAAAUCACUGCACUUACUAAUUAAAGGGCUUCUGGCACAAGUUUGGACUUGGAUUCCCUGUCUGGGUUUGUGUGGCUCUCUGUUUAAACCUCAUGCAACAAUGGAGAAAUAAUCAACAAAUAGUUCACCAUGUUUUUUUUACCAGAUUUAGUUUAUUUGAGUUUAUUUUAUUUAUCUAACAUAAACCUAUUGUGUUAUAGACAGAAGUGGUAUUUGCGUCACAUGAGUGUAUUGCAGCCUGAAUCUUCUAAAUCAAUGCUCUGUCAGUGAAGCCAAUACUCGAUCGCAGGGCAUGAUCUGAAGGUUGAAAGACAGUGAGUGUGAAAGCAAAGAUGUGAGAGGGAGGAGAGAGAGUUUCCUCAGAUGUGUCCUUUCCCUCAGCACAUUUAUUAAGCCCCAUUCUAUAUUCACUGACCUUUGGAUCCGCAGUCUGGAUUUAGCCAGGCUAGGCCUGAGCUGUACCUCUGGCAUCAUUCUGCUCUAGAUCAGGGCUCAUCUACUGCUCCUCAUCACAUCACUACAAAGAGAACCUCUCUGGAUCUGUGUUCCCACAGAAUAUUAGAUAAUAAGAACUGCCCUAGGAUCAGUUGGCCUAAGCUCAUUAGUUGCAUAGGGAUAUCAAGAGGAAAACACAAGACGUUAUCUCCAUGAGAUGAUGUGCUUUGUGGAUAUGUGCCUGGAUUGCUUUCACUGUUUUUUGUUUUGUUUUUUUCUGCUGUGGGUGCAUUUGUGUCUGACAUGCUGCAUUCGAUUGCCGUGUGAUUUAGUCGGCCAUAACAAGCUGCGGUGUACACUGAUGGGAAUCGGAGCCCGGAGGGGAUGCCAGUGAAGGAGAGUUACUCUCCACGUCUGCGUAUGAGGAAAUCAAUGACUUUGCCUUUAAUGCGCCAGGAUAACAACCUACUACAGCUGAGAGAGAAGCGAGAGGGAAGAAAAACAAGGCCAAAGGGAGACUCGGAGGAGUGCAUCACCUCGCUAUCACUCUGCAGAACACCAAGGCAUAAGACAUAAGAGAUAAUCAUCACGUCUUACUGGUUGUUGGAGAUAAGUUAGGGUGAUAAAGGCUACGCCACAAUCCUAUUGUGCUUUAAAGGCUUAUCAGUAAGGUUUAAAGGUGAUGAAGCCCUGCACGCCACUUGUGUCUGCUUGGUUAUAACAGUUUAUCAGGUGAUUGCAGCCAUGAAACCCACAGAGAAUGACAGUGUGUUUGUGUUCUAGAGCUUGACUCAACAAUUUGACAACUCGCACUGUCAGACACACACACACACACACACACAAAUACACAUUGUUUCUCACACCCCACCCUCCUUUGUCUGUUCAGAUUUCCUGGCUGCGGGCAGUUUUCCGUAGCAAUGAGUGACACUAGCGGUUUGUGCAGCCUUCUCCCAGCAGUGCCUAAUGCACUCACACUCACACUCUCACUCCCCUGUCUUUGCCUACCUCACCCUCCCUCCCACACACUUUAAGACAAUCGCACAAAUUGCCCGGUGUCUUCUAUUAUUAGCGUGGUGGGCGGUAAAAAAUUGUUGGGCCUCAGCCUUCGUCUGCAUUUGAUUGGAUGUUAUCCCAAGUGACAGUGCACUCUGCAGUAAACGUGCGUCUGUUCACACAACUGCAACUGUCUGGAGCACUGGGCAUGCCUUUACCGGGCAGGUUGAACCUUUCUAAGGGUGAAUAAGGACAGAAGAAGAAGUCUGCACAUAAUGCAAAACAAUAGGCAGGACACAGUAAUAGUCAUUAUUGUCUUGGUUCUCAAUUUGUGACCCAAACAGCUUUUCAUGCACUUAUGACCGCCACUGCGCACAGGCAGUCAUAUAGUAUUCGUCAAAGUUGUUGUUCUUCUUUCUCUACCUUUUUUUCACUCAAUUUUGGUCAGCAAUAUCUAUAUACUGUACUUAGACUUCACCAAUCCAGGUGUGAUAUGGUUGUAGCCCCACAUGGCUGAUACAGAAUAGAGUGUUUGGGUCCCUAGGUGUGCCUUUCCCUUGGUGCUAGUUCCCCCUAAAGUGGGGUUAGGUCAAAACACUUAUAGUUAAUAGUUCUUUUGCCAAAUCUUUAUGGCAAGCUGGCCUCUAUGAGGCGUAUUAGCUGAGCUCAUUACAAUUCAUUUGUGGAGUGGCACCACCUAGUAAAUAAUCAAUCACCGAGUGAAAAAUCUAGCACUUUAUUAGCCAAUAUCUUGUGAUGUAAAGGUUCUUACUUCUAAAUUUCACACCCUGGCCUGCAUCACAUUUCAAGGCUUAACUGAACUAGCACAAUACUUUUGUUAACGUUGCAGUCCACAAUAAAAAAAUGUACUCUCCUGGUACCCGUUGCGUCAAACUCCCUAAAAACUCCCCAUAUUGAAUUCAAGUCUUUAUACUCGUUAGAGCCAAAGUCACUAUCAUACUGUCUUUAAACAUCUCAAGCAGCUGAAUGAUCUUUCCACCAAAACAGUUGAGACCGGCAUCAUCAGUAGGCUACAAUUUUAACGGUAUUAUCAAUGUUUGGGUCUCUUUAGGGUGGUGCACAAAUCACAUCAUUGUGUUGCGCCAGCUUGAGCUCCAGCUUCACAUCUACGCCACAUACGACAUACCUGAAUUUAUCAUACAUUCACUUACCGCUUUCACUAUUAAAUUCUAAAUUAUCCCAUAUAGAACUCACAUGUCCCCCCCCCCCUGACAUAUCUGACUUCUUCACCUGAUAAUAUUACGUAUCGUAAUCCUAACGUAACAUUUCUAAAAUGAAAAAAAAACUUCAAAAUCUUAGACCCAGAAUGCAAAUGGCUUUCUUUCAACUUUUGAAGCGGUCAUAUCAUUCAACCUUUCGCUACUUGGGGCAGUUCACACAACUGCUUGGACCCCGAUGAUCGCUGCUUUCGGCUUUAUUUUUUACUAUGUGUAGUCUAUCCUAGUAGUGUAGCCUAUACCCCUGUCUGGUGAUAAAUAUCGAUACCUGUACCUGUUGUAGUCACACUCAUCCUCAUAUUCACUAGACAUGUCGCAAAACCGGGUAGGCUACUGCUUCACGCCCUAUCAAUUUACAGCCCACUCCAAAAAGCCUUUAGCCUAUAGUUCCUUACGUUUUCACUCAGAAUAAUAUACACAACAAACGUUUUAGUCUCUUGCUGCUAGAAACGUAGGCUAGUCGUUCCAGUUAACAGACUUUUCUUGGAACGGAAAAUAUCUUAUUGUUGUUGUUAUUUGUAAGUUGGUAUUUCACUUAAUUCUUGCUCAUUCUCUCACUUUAUGCGGCCGUCAUAUUACGCACCGCUAUGCGGUAGCCUACGUCUAGUUCGGUAUGCGUUCUCCUAUGAGUGUCAGUGAUUUUUUUCCUCACGUUCACGCGCAUCUGUGUUGAUUACGCCUCUCCCCGCCCCCACGCGCUGUUCACUGUGCUAUGAUGGAGGAUGGAUAGGGGGCUGCGAAAUGAUGCUGAUGAUGUAAUCAAACCUCUCUCUCUCUCCCCUUCUCCCUCUCUCAUGCAGAAUCCGCGGACAACUAGCAGCACGGAGCAAGCCACCGGGCUCGGGUGAUGUCAGCUGUUACCCGUCGUUGAGCCGUGUCGUUGUGGGAGGACCGAGGCCGAGUGGACAAACCCCUCCGAACGCAAGCAGGUGGUUGCGGCGGGACAGGCUACAAAAUCGUUGGGCUCAGCGGUGUGUUUCACCGUCGCAACCCCGGGUCUGGCUGUCCUUGCCACACUCAGUUCGAUGAGUAUCCUACCCCAACCUGUCGCGAAUGGCUGCAGCGAACUCAACUGCAGCAAGUUACGAACAUGGAUCCGAUGACCGUCUCCAAAUUUGCAUUGCCUGCCCUUUACCAACUACAGCUUCGGCACUGACAGAAGCCCUCGGAAUAAAAUCCCCAUGUGAUUUGAUCUGGUAAGAGAAGGCAUCCGUUCGUUCCCUCGUCAAGCCUCCAACCGCUGGCUGGAGAAAGUGGGUGUUACGUGGCGGAUCAGCGUCCGACUUUAGCACUCUCUUCACCAGAUGUCGGACAGUUUUUUCGUUUUAGCUGGAUCACUUUCAUCGCUCUCCCACUUGAAACACAGCUUGCUCGGGUCCUCCAGGGUUGUAAUAACGGCAGGCAAAUAGACCAUGACCUCUUACGGAAUCAAAUAACGGAACAGGUGAACCCAAUCUACCCCAGCAUCUUCCCAGUGCCUCAAUUAGCAUAGGGUCUAUAGAGAUUUGGUUGUUUGUAGUUAGUGUGUUUUGUUCCCUUUAGCUCUAGUUGAGCUGCUGUUCGUGGUUUUAAAUCUUAAGUGGCCGAGCCAUUAUCGCCAGCCAGAAGGCCUUACAUGUGCCUGGUUUUGUUAUCCGGCUAGGAAACCAAUGACCACUGCUGUCCUGCGAACGCUUCUCUAAAUCCCAGCUUGCCUUUCCCCAUUUCUCUACCUCUCCACGUUUUGGUCCCUUUAUAGAAUAACCUGAAUAUGAGCGUUGUUGUAAGACCUCGGCACCUUUAACUGAAUGAACGAAUAAUUCAUCAGAGCACAUUACUAAGUGACAGCAGCGCAGCGGGAGUGUAUGUUGAAGACUGCCCGAUGUGUUAUCCCCAUGUUCAUUCGUUGCCUUGAUUAAACGGAAUACCGUUACGGGUACGCCUUUGGUGCGUGCAAGGUGCUGCUGCUAACCCUAGUGCUAUCCCGGGAGCAAUAAAGAACGUGUUUGAAGAGGGAUCCGGACGCUUCGCCUUUUCACUCAGGAGCAAAUAAUGGCCAAUGAACCGGUCAUCCUCAACGUGUAUGACAUGUACUGGAUCAAUGAGUACACCGCCACUCUGGGGAUUGGAGUCUUCCACUCAGGAAUUGAGAUCUAUGGCAGAGAGUUUGCAUAUGGUGGCCAUCCGUAUCCUUUCAGUGGAAUCUUCGAAAUCACCCCUGGAAAUGCCUCUGAGCUCGGAGAGACCUUCAAAUUCAAGGAGUCGAUUGCACUGGGCACAACAGACUUCACAGAAGAGGACAUUGACAAGAUCAUGGAGGAGUUGGGAAAGGAGUUCAAAGGCAAUGCCUACCACCUGAUGCACAAGAACUGCAAUCACUUUUCCUCCUCCUUGUCAGAGCUGCUGUGCGGCCAUGAGAUCCCCCGCUGGGUGAACCGUCUGGCCUACUUCAGCUCCUGUAUCCCCUUCCUCCAGAGCUGCCUGCCCAAGGAGUGGCUGACACCGGCUGCCCUCCAGAGUCACAUCAGCAUGGGCCUCCACAAGGAUGAGCCUGCCGAGUCCAGCGACGAAGACUCCCCCUCGACCACUGGGGCCUCGGGAGGUCCUGCCGGGUCCUCUCACAGCUGCCGUCACACCCGAGUCUGACUCUGGGCAGACCACGCAGCUAAAGCACUGAACCCUGCUGUUUCCCUUUGGGGCUAGUUGCGCCCCCCGCAGGCCUGGAUGACCAACUAACCUCACCUCUCUCCAAAGAUGGAGAGAAUACAACAGAGAGAAACAGAGAGAGGGAGAGGAGGGAGACAUAGAGAGGAGGGGUCCUGCUCUGAAAACGGAGCCAGCAGGGAUUACAAAUGAUACUCAAUUUAUCUCCUCAGCUACAAUCCCUCCCUUCUUAGAAAUUGUUUCCUUUUUUCACCCUUUCAGAGGAACUAGCCUUUCUGCCAAGCCAUUUUUUAACUGUUCCUCUUUUAUGGGACAAAAAGAUCCCUCCUCUUUUUAAAGGAUGGACAGCGAAGACUGACCAAUGCCAAUCUUCUGUUUUUGUAUGCCUCCGCCAUCUUAGAUUAAAAUGGUAAUUUACUAUGUUGUCCGCCUGGUCCUGCACCAAGAGCUCAGUUUCCCUUCGUAGAAUAGGUGUCUUCCUGAGAUGGGGAUUCAGAUUUGCUCAUUACCUUUUGUCUGUCAGUUGAUGUUUCUUUUUGAAAGAAAUGUUGGUCAAGACAACAUCUCCCACCCAGGUGUUGGCCCUCUGCUGUUACUACAGGUAAAUACAGGCUAAUAGCAGUCCUCAGAGUUGGUUUAAAUAUGCACUGGUCAAUCAGAAGUUCAUAAAUAAACAAUGUGGCAAGUGUGAAUGGAUCACCUUCUGCAGAUGUCCUCAAAAAGAUGUCGUCCAACCAGAACCUGUCAACAAAUGUCAUAAACUUGCAUAGUAGGAAAACUAUUUUGUUUCAUGUCUUAAGUUUGUGUCGAUUUUGUUGUAAUUUCCACUGUGAGUUAUUUUGAGAGCAUACUCAUGCUUGGCUUUUUUCUUUAUUUCCAACAGGGCAGAUAUCUAAUGAGUUGUACCGAUGAAUAUUACAUUUAUAAAGGAUUGGGGUUUAGAUGAAGCCCUGAUAUGAGGAGACACACACACACACACACACACACACAAACACAUACACGUACACGUACACUUACACACAUUGGGUUCUUGCUAUGGAAAUUCAGCCAUAAACCCCUCAGUUGUUGAUUCACAGGCUCACAGUCGAACAGUUGCCUGCCUGUAUUCAAAUGGCCCAUCUGAACAAUGAUUGGAGUUGUGCAGUUGAUUGGCGGGGGAAGGGAGACUGGAAGAAGGGUGGAGUGCAGGAUGGUGAAACUUGGGGGUAUCUGUUGUAAAGUAUUUCACAAAGGCUGUAAGAAGUGGACAGGCCAAACCAUUGACUCCCACGUUAACGGCCACUUAUUUUUUUUGCUGCCUGUGCCUGCUCCUAUGUUUUCUGAGGUAAUGGCAAUGGGGGUUGGGUGACAGGGUCAUCAGGCAACAAUGAUUUACUUUCACACCAGUGUUGGAUUUACCAGCGGCUGUUUCUGUGUAUGUUUUUCAUAUCUGUUUUACCAGUUAAAGUUUUGGGCUGAAGCAGCAAGAAUGCAUCAUGCUCUUGUUAAUGUGUCUCACCUCUGUAUAGUGUGGCGACAAAUGCUUGCCAUACCAUGCUUAAGUGUUUCAAAGGAUGAUUUUGUAAAAACAAUCAUUCCCUGUUACUUUUUGUUUCUGUUACAGUUCCACUCUGUCCAUGUGGCGGUGCUGCUAAUGUAGGUGCAUAUACACGAUCUCCAUCUACACACACAAAGCUAAUGUUUCUAUAAGGCUGUAUUUCCAGACCCACAAUGUGUGCGUGUGUGUGUGUGCGCGCAUGUGGUACUCCUCCACACAGGGCUUUUUACACUUCCAGCCCCCUCUCAGGUCCUCAGAGUACAGUCACAUGGUUUUCAGUGGUGUGCCACAGGUGUUCAGUUUCCAUGACAAUGACAACAGCAACAAAAUAUGUAUGGAACUUGUGAAUAUUUGUGCAUACUUAUUCCUCCUUCAAGACUUCCUUUACAUGUGCAGCAUCAUGAAAUCAUGGUAGUAGACAUCUUAUUUGACCCCUAUUUCCCCCCGAUUCACUAUUAAUUCAUUGUUUCGGAAGGACUUUUGAAAGGCCAGUGUCCUGAAUUCCCCUCACAAAAAGUCCUUUGCGACUUUCGAAUGAAGUUAUAGCUACCAGUAUGUGUUUUUUUGUGUCAUUUUCAACCUUGAUUGGUAUUUCCUUUUCUGACUUGUAAUGCCACACAUUUUAAGAAAGAAUGUUUAAAGAAUAAAGACAUAAUUCGA